AUGGAUGAAAUUAAACUAAGUGAUGAUGUAUUUGAACAAAUAAAAGACUUCGAAUAUUGGCGUUUGACUGAAGAACAAAAAUCGUUAAUAGAUAAACUAAUAACAGACAAAGAAUUAAAAAAACGUUAUAAAAUAGAUGGUUUAUGUAAAAAUUGUAAACAGCCAAAUACUGGUCAUGAUUGGUGCCAGCCAUGUAUUUCUAAUCAUUUUCAACAGAAUUUCAAAAAUUGGACAAGUGGAAAUCAUGACGUUGAUGCAUUUAUUCAAAAAGCACAAUUAAAAACUGAGGAUAUAAACCAUACCAUAGAGUGGAUUGAAUAUGAUAAAUUUGAAGAUGUUGAAUAUUUAGCAAAAGGGGGAUUUGGAAUUACUUUUAAAGCAGUUUGGAAAGAUGGUCCUUGGUUUAAUAGUCAAUUGAAAAGGAAAGGUGAAACAAAAGUCGCUUUAAAGCGCUUACAUAAUUCCCAAGAUAUUACAGCUGAUUUUUUAAAAGAAGUUGAAUCAAAUAUUUUAGUAUAUCUUACUUGUUGGACAGUUCGUUGUUUUGGUAUUACCAAAGAUCCAAAAACAAAUAAUUUUAUAAUGGUGAUGGAAUUAAUAAAUGGUAGCUUAAGACAACAUUUAAAUAACAACUUCAUUUCAAUAAAUUGGGGGGGAAAGUUGAAUAGUUUAUAUCUUAUUACACUUGGUCUUAAAGAUAUUCAUAAUAAAGGAUUAAUUCAUCAAGAUUUUCAUUGUGGAAAUAUAUUAAGCGAUUUUAAUCAAUAUGUUUAUAUUACUGAUUUGGGAUUAUGCCAACCAGCAAAUGUUAAAUCCUCUCAAAAUACUCAAAAUAGUUUCCCUCCUUAUUAUGAUAUAGCUCAUGAUGAUUUCUUAGCAAUGAAAAUUUGUAAAGGGUUGAGACCAAAGUCUAAUUAUAAAAUUCCUCAAUUAAUUUUUGACAUUAUUAAUCAAUGUUGGGAUGCAGACCCUUUAAAACGACCUAAUGCAAAUGAAUUACGAAAGUUAUUUGAUGAUUUAUUGGUAAAUCGCCAUAAUAAUAAUUGUAUUAUCAACAAACAAAUCAAAGAAGCAGAUGAAAUUAAUAAAAAGUCGUCCUCAUCAUCUUCAACAGCUCAAUCACCAUUAUCUUCUACAAGUACACUCCAAUAUAUGACACAUCCUCAAGCAGUUUAUACAAGUAGAAUUUUAGAUUUUAAAAAUCUUCCAGAACCAAAAAAUGCUGACAGUAAUGAUGAUUUACUUGGAAUAGAAUAUUCAGAAUCAAUAAAAGUUGAUUUUACCAAACUCAAUAUCAAUUCCGAAAAUUGCAAUUAAAUUCUUUAUUUACAUAGUUAAUAGAAUAUUAAAAUAAUGUAAAAGCAAAAUUUUGUUUAUCAUCAAAUUUCUUAUAACUGUAUUUUAUACUUGUUUUAAGUUUAUAAAAUUUAUAUGUUUAAAAAAUUAUAUUAAUAUAUAUUUAUAUAUUUAUUAUACA